AUGAAAUCCUCGAACUCCCCGGCAGAAUCUCGUCGUCUCCUUGAUUUUGUUCCGUCAAUAAGACCGUCGUUUCUUUCUGUUGUAUUAGUUUUCGUUUGCGGUUGUCUUUGGGUGAAGAAUGAAACAACAAACGAACGACUGAUAGCGCUGGAAUCUCGCGUUAACCUUUUCCCCUGCGUUCAGAGUGUCUCGACUGAAAAUGCUGACAGGAUAUCUCUUUCACCGACAGAAGCUACAGUAAGAGAUCUUUAUAAGAAGGUUCAGACACAUGUAUCCGAAAGGAUCGGUUAUACAUCAGGUAAAAUCUUCACUUCAGAUGUUAUUUAGAUGCAGAUACGUGUUUAGAACUGAGUUUAUCCUCUUUUGAUUUGGGCAUAUAAUCUUUCAUCAUGGUGUGAGUUUGCGCUUAAAUACGGGAUCUUUGGAUAUUACAUAAGAUAAUUGAAUUUUUAACUUCAUCUAAAACUGCAUGAACCCUUUUGCAACACGCUCGCUCUGUUGUAAUACUGCUUAGAUAUUCACUAAGCCACCUAUACUGGUAAAACAAUAAAGAAAUUUACGGUGUAAAUGAUGUUGAAUUCUUAGCUCAAGUGUCGAACGACUUGCUCACGUACAAGAUAUGUGUUAAUACCCAGAGGGGUACUCCUUUAUAUAAGCCAUGUGCCGCCACAAAGGGUGUACUUCUUGGCCCUUUUUGGUCUGAAAACGGGUAUAAACGUAGGUCAUUUUGGUCUGGAAUCGGGUUUGGUUUUCGAGGAACCUACUGGAGCGUAUGCAUGAACGUAGUUAUCGUUUCAGUUCCACAUGAAUAAGAACCAAAUAGAAAUAUGUGAAUUCGAAAUGCAUUUGAAGAAUUUUUUUGUUUGCGCUCUAAUCUAAGUAAUGAUGACACAGUUUCUUUCUAAAGGCCAGGUCUGAAAACAGGUAUAGACUGAGGUCUGCAUGGUCUGAGAACGGGUGGGGAAAAUUGGUCUGAAAUAGCACUGUCUGAAUAAAUUGUUAGGGUGGCGUAAAAUUUGAGAUAUUUUUUGAAAGUUUAGCCCCUAGAGGAGUUCGGUUAAGGAGUCUUAAGGCCUGCCGGGUUACCUAAUAAAACCUUUGGUAACUUUGAAAGUACGCUUAUUGAACGGUCUCAGUUGGUUUAAAACAAGGGGAAGGGGGACUUCCUUGUAAGAGGCUACUAGGGAUGUGCCGCUGGUUAGGGCCGCUUUUUCACGACUGGAUGGACUAUAAUGGGGUUGCAUUUUCAAUAGAAUUGCUAGAAUGGGGUCGGACAUUUUCGGAUUUUUUGUGGUAAGACAGUUCUUAUUUACGGUUAGUAAACGUACCAGAAUGUUUGUUCUGUAGAUGAAAAGUAAAGUGUUCUUUAUACAGUGUAAAAAAUGGGUCCAUUCAUAAAAAUAAAAAGUGACUAAGUUGGGAUCGAGAAAAUUACAUAUUUGCCCAAAAGUGACUAAGAUAGGGUCUAUAAUUGGUCACAGAAAAGACUAUUAUGGGUUUAGGGGCUCUUAGACGAUAGCGGCACAUACCUAGCAAAAAUUCACCCAAGUACCCUUCCCCCGGGGUUUGAAACGUGUGCGUAGAUCUAGAAAUCUAGAGUGUCUGCUUCGCUUUCCCUUGGAAGACACAAGGGAAGAGGUAUGAGGACAAAUUAAAAAGGUUGUUAACCUUGUUGUUGAACGCAACCUCAAAAACGUUAAUUUUAUGUUAGAAAUGUCAACCUUAUCAUUCAUUCUGUUGAUUUGUUCGUUAUAUUUUCUCCCUUACUUAUUUUUAAUAUUAAUCACUGGAUAUUAAAAAAUUUCUUAAUCUUACUUUACUGCAGUCAGCCCGUUAUCAUCAGCAACCAUCCGCUUAAGGAAGCGAAGAAACGUUUUGAACGACACUUCAACUGGCAUCACCAUACAUGAAGUGAGAAAAGAAAUCAGCAAACAGUUUGAACAACUUAUGCCCACCAAGUACUGUAAGUCAAGUGAGAAAGUCUGUCCUGCAGGACCCCCCGGAUAUCCUGGUCCCAUUGGAGCGAGGGGACCACGUGGCAGGAGAGGACCAAAGGGAAAGAAAGGUCCUCAAGGUCCCAUGGGACCUCCUGGAAAAUCCGGAAAAACAGGAAUAAUGGGACCCACUGGACCGAGAGGAGAAAAGGGAAGCAAUGGGGAGCCUGGGCCAAAAGGCAUGCCGGGACCACCUGGAAGGCCUGGAAAAUCGAUAUCUGCUCCACAAGUGAUGUUGUCGCCGGCAGAGCAGACACGAGAUGAGGGAGGAGACACGGCAUUUUAUUGCACGGUCGCAGGAAGUCCUUCCCCAGUCGUGGUAUGGCAAUUUAUGGGCAGAACACUUCUGUCAGGUGCAAAGUAUUUGAUUAAAGAAGGAGAGUUGAUCGUUAGAAAUCUGAAUUACAGCGAUGCUGGACCGUACACAUGUGUUGCCAGAAACAUUCUUGGAUCGUCCGAGGCCACUGGUAACUUGACUGUUAGAGGUAAGAGGAGCACUGAACUUUUGUUAUAUCUGGCUGCUUGAUUAUGUAGGUCUCUUUGUGCUCUUUUGUUUAAUCGUGUACUUUUAUCUCUUCCUUCAUUUUAAUUCAUCCAUUUUUCAUAUUUCUUAGCCACUAGUCACCUUUUAGUUGAAGUUCAACGUUUAACCUGAGCCAUGCAAACGACAAUCUUCACCAUGUACGCGAAGGCACACAACAUGAUCCUUCCAUCACUGUUCCAUUUCUUCAUUCCAAUUUGUCUUUUUCUUGAUCGUUAACUGAACUACUUCAAUGCAUGACCUUCCUACAUGAUGAAUUCUGAGUUUGUUUCAAGGUGUUUGAAUAAUUAGUCUUGACCUUCAAUAUCCUACACAACUAACAUCUCUUACUUAUCUUUUUGAAUUAAUACGUUUCUUUUGCUUCCUUUUCGGCUAUGUAGUUAAACAUUGCUUAUGACAAAGUUUAUCAGUAACGCUUUUAGCGAAAUGUGGAUUUAAGGGCAUGGAGCUUGAAAGGGUUCCCAGAAAAGAAAGGAAUAUAAGCUCUUUAAUUUAUUGUGCGUCCUGUUUAUUUUUCGGCUCUAUUUCAGGUCUUCCAAUCUUCACAAGAGUUCCACCCUCAAUUGCCACACCAGUACAAGGUUCUACGUUUCAAGUAACUUGUCAAGCUGAAGGAUAUCCUCGGCCCGAAAUAAACUGGACUAGAGCAGCAAUGCCUUUACAUGCUGGAAGGACCAGCAUAAACCAAGGCACAUUUACCAUUAACAACUUGAGUCCUGAUGACAGCGGUUUUUAUGAAUGCGUGGCUACUAAUAUUAUGGGAACAAAGAAGACAAGAAUCAACGUGGCAGUGCAAGUGCGUCGCUUAGGUUUGUAUUGCAGGCACCCCAUAUAUCUAAUUCAGUCAAAGGUUGCUUUGAGAGUUGGUCAUUGGCGCAAUUGGCCCUGAGCAUUUGGGCAUACGAAACUCACUGCAAUGACUUGCUUAAAAGACCGCCAAAUAAUAGUAUAGCUUCCCGAGAGCGUAAUUGCACAAUGCCCAAAGUAAUCCCUUUGAUUGAACAAGCCUGAAUAGAUUAAACAUUCAGUUUAAUGCCAGUCGUCUAAUCCAUAAACCAUUGCGACCUUUGUUAAACAUCUAAGAUGCAUCGCAAAGAUGUAUCAUAGGUAACUGUCUAUUUACUCAGAGUCCUCUUAACUGUACCUUAAGAGUCAACAAUAGGUCCCCUUCUAUUUUUGAUCUACAUAAUGAUCUUCCAAACUGUUUGAAUACUGGUUCUCCGUGAAUGUACGCGGACGACACUAACGUUACAUUUUCUGCACCUAGCAUACCUGAUCUCGAAUUACAGAUCAGUAAUUGAAACAUAUUGAUCUCUGGCUUAAAGCUAACAGUUUAAGUCUCAAUGUCGCCAAAACAGAGUCUAUGAUGAUUAUUAGCUCGGAGCAGAAACUACAAUCUUUAAAUGACUACACAAUAAACAUUUAUGAAGAUGGCGUCCAAGUAAAACCAAACAACUCAUAGCAAAUCUAUUGGGCUUACGGACGAUAAUCUCUCUUGGAAGGCCCACCAACAUGGCACUUCAAAAAAAGCCUUCUCAAACAUUGGUGCGCUUAAGCGAGUUGAUCCAUUUGUUUCUAUGCACACUGCAGUUAAGAUAUACAAAGGUCUUAUUGAACCACGCUUUGAUUAUUGUAGUGCUGACAGGGAUGGCUUGUGUUACCGUGGUGCUUACUUAUGGAACAAUCUUCCCGAGGAUGUACGUACGCACAGCAAAUUCUCUAGAUCAGAUGACUUUGAGGGAAAAUUCACUCUCGGUUUGCUGAUCAUGCUCCCACACGGCAAUCAUAUAAAACAGUUUAUAGAACUGCUUCAUAUUCUAUUAUUAUACGAAUAUUUUAACCGUCUAUAAAUAACUAAAGUUUAUCAUCAUCACCACCAUCAUCAUCACGAUCACCACCAUCAUCAUCUUAUUCUUUACUCAUCAAAGGACGAUGGGCACUUUUCCGAGAGCCUAGAUACGUAAGAACUAUACCGCUGUAUCGCAUGGUGAUCAGUUCAAAUCCCAUCCACGACUGGCAUUUUUUUCACCAUUUAAUAUCACACAAAAAAAUCAAAGAGAGCUAUAUAGUCAUUGUGUAUGAGGUGCUGACAUAAAUUUGCAUUUUAAGACUUGUGUGCUAACUGGACUUUCAUGUUUAAAAUUUCUUAUUAGCAAAUCAAAUACAUGAAUCGGCACUCUUUCUUUAAUUAGUUACUUGCAACGUUACUCGUUUUGCUAAUUCAGCCCUGCAAAUGACAAUAAUCCAGUUGAUGUCAAAUUUUUAAACGUUUCACUUGGCCAAAUAAUAAUUUGUUCAACAUGUUAAAGAAGGUUUUUUUUACUUAGCUUUUGAAAACUCGGUCAUUGUGGGAAACAACAGAAACCACUUGACCUCCUUAAGCAACUGGCUUAAACCUGUGACAAAAAGCGUCAAUUCUCUGUGGAAACGCUGUUGGCGUGCAUCCGUGGACGGAUGGGCUGCAAGUACAUUUCACUCCCGAUGUGACGCCAAGGGCCCGACUGUGACAAUAAUAAGUGUCGGGAGAUACAUUUUUGGAGGAUACACCAGUAUUUCAUGGGGUAAGUCAAUACUGUAAAGCAGCAGAUUUUGAUGCAUGGACCACCAGUACGGUUAUUUAAGCGUAGUGCAGCUUGGUACUGCCCUAUAAAGACUCAGUUAACCCUGCCAUUCAUUCAUGGUUAAGUAGUGACGGAUAAAGAUUUACUAGUGGUUGGCGGAUUUAGAUGCAUGCGGGCAUGCAUCCCGCACCCUUCAAGCACCGAGGAUCGCCAUACCUCAGUAGACUUAAAAAGGUGUGAAUGAGCCCCAAUCCCCCGCCCCCUCUCCUCAAGAUCUGGAUCAGCAAAGUGAUGAGAAUUUCUAGCCUGCAAAACGGACCCAACAAUAAUAAUGAUAAUAGAAAUAAUAAUAAUAAUAAUAAUAAUAAUAAUAAUAAUAAUGAUAAUAAUAAUAAUAAUUCUUAUUAUAAUAAAUAAUAAAAUAACAAAAGCUUCAUUACUGUGGUAAGAGUAUUAUGACUUAUUCACCAGAUUAUAGAAAGCUUUGGGAAAUGGUGAGAAAAAAAACAACCCAUGAAUUUGGACACGUGUUUUCUUAAGUCACACGAAACAUUCCAAUCUAAUUCUUGUUCUUUUUUUUCUCACCAAUUGCUUUCAUAAUUGCAAAUUUCUGCUAAUUGACACUUCUCGUAGUCAGACACCUCACCUCAGCUCCGAUAAGCGGACAGCCCCUUAAACCUGGUCCUCCCUAGCGACGCAAGUAUAUAUAGCAUACGCAUAAGGAUCUAAUGAGGACGGCAAAUCAAAACCAUAAGUACAAGAAUAUCAAAACCUUGGGUUUUUCUUAAGCUCAUGCUUUUUAUGAUAGUGCACAUUAAGCUUCUCGUGUUCAUGCUGAUUUUUAUCCUUAAGUUAUGCUAAUGCUUAUACGUAUGCUUGCGCUAAAUGCGUCGCUCGUGAAAACCGGGCCUUAGUCUUGAUCCCUGCGCACAUACCUGUAGCCACACAGAAACACGGAUCUCAAUCUCCCUUUAGAGAAAAUCUCUCCUAAACUGAAAAACUGAUUGGUCUGGUUCAAAGAGUGACCGCUUACGGUAGAUUCUAUCAUAACAAGGACAAUUUAUAAUAAAAAUAUUUAUAAGAAAUUCCUAAAAAGAAUGAAAAGAAUGAACUGAAUUAGCUCUUGAUAAAACGUGUCGUUCAUUAGUCAAGAGUGAUUCGUCAUACCUAUGUAAACUAAGCAACUCGAAUUUGCUUCAUUAUGAAUUAUCAUUAUUAUUAAUAUUAAUAUUAUUAUUGAUGAUUUUAUUAUUUUUAUGUAGGACAAUGUUUUUAUCUUAAAAACUUAUUUUCUAUUCAAUAUAUAUUUUUUCUUUCUUUCUUCUUACUAGCAUCGUCAUCUGGCCGGUAUCAAUACGACUCCAAAGCCUUUUUAUUUUCACUGGUGAACAAACCAGGAUGGGCGCCUGUUAAACUGUCUCAGACAGGGCAAUAUAGCUCUAACAAAGCAUAUUCCCUAUACUUUGUGUCCUCAUAUGGGCCCACAUUCGGAGGAGGACACGACAUUAACAUAAAAAGCGACGCAUCAUCCAAUAGCAAUUCUUACAGCAACCUUGGCCAUGAUUACGGCCCACCGAGCGGGUACAGUUACCGCAGCAGCUUCGCCCGAACAUUCCUGGCAGGAACUUACAAGUUCACACCAGACGAAGUUGAAACCUUUUACGAAUCAACCUAG